AGUUUAUGAAGUGAACACAAUCCAUUUGACUCAUGGUGAAUACUGGAUCCCUGAGGCAGUCGCCUUCACUCUCACUUACCGUGUUGGAAAACUCUGCUUCUGAUCUCUUCACUAUGUGAUAUGUGUUGCUCUGCUGAGGACUGGUAAGUUAUUGCUGUUUCCUUCGGAGCAAAGGUUCCCCUGAUCCCUGCGCUCAGCUUAAAAGUUAAAUCUGCCAUGAAACAAUCAAAUCCUACCUGAUUGAGCAUUUCAGGGCGGCAUUUGUUAACCAUGCCUGCAGGACUGGGUUUUAUUAAUAGGUGCAAUUAAAAAGAAAAACAGUAGCCUUUAGCAGCUGCCAUGACUGGUGUGAGAGGAAAGGGACGAAUCAGAGGAGGAGUGAAGUGAACAAACGGACCGCAGCGGGGCGGGAGUGAGGCGCUGAGGAUCCUGCAGCGCACUCCGGCACCGCUCCACUGACAGUGACACUGGACGCGCACCAAAUGAGACAAACCGGCUUCACGACCGCAAAUGAAACGCAAAAAUGUGAGAUUGGUCUGCCGCUCAGCUGGGUAGGAGAGCAACCGCUGCCGCUGCGCAGAUGACAGACUUCAUGACGGCGCUCCAGCUGAUCCUCCUUCCACUCACAUGUCCCGGAGAGCAGCGCACGAAAGGCUCUCAGUUCCAGCUGACCUGUAACCUGUGCAGAGAGAGCCACAAAACUCAGGUGUGGCUUUGUUUCUUAGUUCUCAGCUUCCUGAAUCUCUCUACAUGUGCACAUGCAUUUGUGCCUGGAACAGCAGAUCUAAAGAUUUGUUUGAGGGACCUGCGAAAGACCAUUGAGAACUCUGAUGCCAUGCUGUAUGCUCCUUCAAUCAAUGAUAUUAAAGAUAACUGCAAAAGUAUGUCGCUCAAAUGUUACAUAUUGGAGUUGAUGAUGGUCAUGGAUGAGGAAGAAAUUACUGAACCUACAGCAAUAGAUUGCAUCUUCCAUUUCAAUGACUCGCUGCAACCUGAAGUUGGCUGCCCACCAUGUGAAUCAUACUCACUGAAAAAUAUCACAAUAUUCCUGGACAGACUAAAUAACCUUUUGGAUUAUAUGACUGUCUGGCAGAAGAUGCAUAAAACAUAGGACGAUGUAAAUACUGUAAGCUACAAAUGUGUGUUUGUGUAUAUAUAUGUGUAUAUAUAUAUGUGUGUGUGUGUGUGUGUGUGUGUGUGUGUGUGUAAAAAAUGUGUUUUUACUUUGUAAAUAUCACACUGUAACCCUGUGACAAACCAUGCUGUCCUUGAGGAAAAGCAAGAUUUUAUGUAUUAUUAUAUACGAUAGACAGCUGGCACUAAUUUGACUGUGUAAUGUAGCUGAAUGUACAGCAUGACGGUAGCUCAUACGUCUCAAGCUAUUGGUAGUUUUACACAGCAGAUGUCUGCCUCUCAGUUGUACAGUUGUUGUACUGUACAGAAUGUAUGUUGUUAAGCUCCUUGUAACACUAGUGAAUAUUGUAUAUAUGUAUAGGCCUAAUGGACUCCAGUAGCUGGUCACUCCAGUAAAUAAUAUCUUACCUGCAUCAUUUUGUUCAGAUUUAUUUAUUUAUUUUUAAUCUUUCUGUUAUCUUCAGAAUUGUUAAAGGUAAUCUGCGGAGUGUGUUUUCUAAAGAAGCAGCAGUUGUGUUUAAGUUCAGUGUUACUGGACUGAAGCAACGUGUUUGCUGGUGUUGCUUCAGGUACCAGUGAGGACCUACAUGCAGUAUAACUGGUUUCUAAUACUCUUAGACACAGAAAUAGAAUAUUUUAGAUACUGACUAAUUGCGAAGUCAGCAGUGGAAAUGCAGCAUUCAAGUGCUUUAAUAGGGAUUCAGAUCAUUGAAACACUGUUACACAAACUAAACUGUUGAACAGUUUUUUUUUCUGCUUGGGUCAUGAAAAAGAAGUGCAAAAAUGAAAGUGAAGUACACUGUGGUUAAAAGUUUGGACAUAGGUUCUCAUUUAAUGGUUUUUCUUUAUUUUCAUGACUAUUGACAUUGUAGAUUCUCACUGAAGGCAUCAAAACUAUGAAUGAACACAUGGAAUUAUGUAGUAUGUAGAUUUUCAAAGUUUAUACUAACCUUUACUGAUAAUGUUACUAAUCUGCCUUUUUGUUAUGUUGUUGUAUGUAAGCUGCUGAACACUUGAAUUCCCUUCGGGAUUAAUAAAGUAUCUAUCUAUCUAUCUAUCUAUCUAUCUAUCUAUCUAUCUAUCUAUCUAUCUAUCUAUCUAUCUAUCUAUCUAUCUAUCUAUCUAUCUAUCUAUCUAUCUAUCUAUCUAUCUAUCUAUCUAUCUAUCUAUCUAUCAAAGAAAAAAGUCUUUUUGCAGCUACACAUGGGGAUACAUUCAAAAUUUUUGCAAUUUUCUGGACUGACGGACCUUCAGUUCUUAAAGUAACGAUGGACUGUUGUUUCUCUUUACUUAGCUGGUUGGUUCUUGCCAUAAUAUGGAUUCUAACAGUUGUCAAAUAGGGCUGUCAACUGUGUACCAACCUGACUUCUGCACAACACAACUGAUGGUCCCAACCCCAUUAAGAAGACAAGAAAUUCCACAGAUUAACCUUGACAAGGCAAACCUGUGAGGUGAAAACCAUUUCAGGUGACUACUUCAUGAAGCUCAUGCAGAGAAUGGUAAGAGUGUGCAAAGCAGUAAUCAAAGUAAAGGGUGGCUAUUUUGAAGAAUCUAAAAUAUAAAACAUGUUUUGACUUAUUUCACACUUUUGUUUUCUACAUAAUUCCAUAUGUGUUCAUUUAUAGUUUCG